CGAUGCACGUCGGGAGUUGUAGUUCUCGAACGAGGCAGUUGGAGGCCCCAGACCCAGCUCCGGCCUCACCCGGAUGGCGGCUGCGACGUGCGGCUGCAGCCUCUGGAGUUCGCUCCUCGGGCUGCUUGGCCUGGUCUCGGCCGCGGCCGCCUCCUGGGACCUGACAUCGCUGCGCUGCAACUUCGGCACCUUCUGUGAAUGUGACUUCCGGCCAGACUUCCAGGGUCUGGAGUGUGACCUGGCCCAGCACUUGGCGGGCCAGCACUUGGCCAGGGCACUGGUGGUGAAGGCACUGAAGGCUUUCGUGCAGGACCCAGCCCCCACCAAGCCUCUGGUCCUCUCUCUGCAUGGCUGGACAGGCACCGGCAAGUCCUAUGUCAGCUCCCUGCUGGCGCGCUACCUCUUCCGGGGUGGCCUCCGCAGCCCCCAUGUGCAUCACUUUUCCCCUGUCAUCCACUUCCCCCACCCCAGCCACAUGGAGCGCUACAAGAAGGAUCUCAAGAGCUGGAUCCAGGGGAAUCUCACUGCCUGCAGCCGCUCCCUCUUCCUCUUCGAUGAGAUGGACAAGCUGACUCCAGGCCUGAUAGAGGUCCUGCGACCUUUCUUGGGCUCUUCCUGGGUUGUCUAUGGGACCAACUACCGCAAAGCCAUCUUCAUCUUCAUCAGCAACACUGGUGGCGAGCAGAUCAACCAGGUGGCCCUGGAGGCGUGGCGCAGCCGCCGGGACCGCGAGGAGAUCCGCCUGCAGGAGCUGGAGCCAGUCGUCUCCCAGGCUGUGAUGGACAACCCGCACCACGGCUUCUGGCGCUCAGGCAUCGUGGAAGAGCAUCUCCUGGACGUCCUGGUGCCCUUCCUACCGCUCCAGCGACACCACGUGCGGCACUGUGUGCUCAACGAGCUGGCCCAUCUGGGCCUGGAGCCACGGGAUGAGGUCGUCCAGGCUGUGCUGGACAGCACCACCUUCUUCCCUGAGGACGAGCAGCUCUUUUCCUCCAAUGGCUGCAAGACAGUGGCUUCCCGAAUCGCCUUCUUCCUCUGACUCUCCAGGUGGCCUCCUUGUCCUCCUCUAGCUGGCCCGGCCGGGCAGGAAAGCCCUGGGCCUUCUGCCGGAGGGUCCCUUGUCCUGAGCCUCGGGGAGCGUGGGGCCCAGAGCACCGCGUGAAGAUGAGGAGGGCUCUUGGUAGGCGCUGGCCUCGCAGCUGUUCUGUGGGCAUCUUGGCCUUUGCUUCCUUCCUCAGGGAAACCACUGGUCACCCCAGAACUUCAAUGAGCCUUGCCCUUGCCCUCCAGCCUGAGCCGCCUUCUUUUUUUUUUUUUUUUUAGCCUUCUUAAAAUGUGAACUGUAACUCAGGGAUGGUGGCUCACGGCUGCUCCCUCCUCCUGCAUCUCUUGCCCUUGGCCUUGCUCCGGCCCAGCACCCCCUCCCCUCUCCCCCACACCCUAUGUGUCAGUAUCAGAAAGCCAGGCCGAGGCUUCUGUCUCCAUGCACAGAGGGACUCAAGCUGCCCCUUGGCCUGGGCUUUUGAAGUUUUUCAUUUUGUAAAAGAAGGGAACCAAUACAAUAAACUUAGCCCUGGGACCAGA